CUGCGACAUUCCAAAGUCCAAACAAAACACAGAUCCGGUAUUAACCGAGGUCUAACACCUUCGACUCAAGUCAACCCAACAAGACUUUUAACUAAGCAAACAGCAUCAUCAAUUCAUCAUCGUAUCAUAGAUUUUGUGUCAACAAUUGUGUGAUUAUUUUUAAGUACAUAAUAGCCCCUGACUCAUGAUUACCACAUUCCCCACUGAUAAAGAUUUCUCGUUAUUAUUUAAUUAUUCAUCCACUAACACUACCCUUUUGCGUCACUCACUUUCUGGCGUCUCCAUGAUCUGAGAAUUGCCUCCAAAUCACACCAACAUGGGUUUCAAUUUGAUUCUGUGGUGUCGUCAUCCCAAUCUGGUUCUCAGUGCUUUGGUGCUCUUUUCCUGUUCCUUUGGCCUUUUCUCUGCAAAUGAUGAAGUGGGCACAGCUGAAGGUGAAACCUUUACUGUUUCAAGCUUCAGGUACCCUCAGACUAGGCUCAGGCCCUUUGAUUUGCGCUAUAUCAGAGUUGACUUGCCGCCAUGGUUUUCUGCACUGUCUAUAGCAUUGAACUCAGAUGUAGACCUUGAUGUCUCAAGAAUUGAAAGGGUUCCAAUGAGCACAUUGCCGAUAAUAUGCUUUAGAGAUGGAAGUCCUCCACUGCCAGACACCUUAAACACAUCUCUAAAGGAUUCAGCCACCUCUGGGAUAAAUGGUCUAGAUGUGGAGCAGUGCUUUCCUAUGCAGAAGAAUAUCACCAUGAAAUUGACAAACAAUCAGAUAUCUCCAGGUGUUUGGUACAUUGGUCUUUUCAAUGGCAUUGGACCUACAAGGACACAGUCAAAGAUGAUUAUCCGCGGUCCAUCAUAUUCCUUCAUUGCUAAUAUAAGUGUGGAAGCAUGCACAAAUUCAAUGAUGAGGGGGGAUUUCUGUAACAGUUCAGUUUAUCCACUUUCAUGUGCAGCAUCUGUUGUGUCUAAUGCUUUGGAAGCUAAAGUGAACAAGUCAAUGUUGGAAAACUUGGUGACAUGCAAAAGUAAUUUUGAAGCUUUUUGUGUUCAUGAAGGUGUGCCAAACUUCUUCUCCCUGGACAUAAUGAAUGUGGCAGAAGAAAUAAUCAUUACAGCAACAAAUAUCAGAUUCAAUGUUACUGGAUCAAAUGAUAUUAGUUUAAUGUGUUUUGUCCGCCAUGGUGCAAUGCCGUCUGUGACUUCAAAUGAUUAUUCCAUUGAUAUUUCUAAAAGCCCACUGGUUAUUCAUUCACCAUUAAUUGGCCGUUGGUACAUUAGUAUAGUACCAGUCAAUCUUACAAAGACUCAGGAUAACAACGUAAGAGUUUGCUAUUCAGUGGAAUCUCAAGUGCCUCAAUGCCCACUAGGGAAAGCUGGACCGAAUUGUACAAUGGAUAGCUACUUGCUUCAGACAUUUGUAAGGAGAGGGUCAACCCCCUUUGAGUCAUAUUAUUUACCAGUUGUUGGAGGAGUAUCGUAUGAUUCUGCCAAUUUCCCUCUCGAGCCACUUUUAGAAAACUCAUCAUACAUUGGAGAACCUGAUAACGUAUGGACUUACUUUCUUUUGGACAUUCCUCGUGGUGCAGCUGGAGGAAAUAUUCACAUACAGCUAUCCUCAGAUAUGAAGAUCAGUUAUGAAGUGUAUGCUAGAUUUGGUGGAUUACCAUCUCUUGAUAGCUGGGACUAUUAUUAUGCUAACAAGACCAGGAGAAGUGAUCCAUCCGUGUUUUUCAUGCUAUAUGACUCAAGUGAUGCCAAAGUUAAUUUUUAUAUUAUGUAUGCUAGAGAAGGAACUUGGGGUAUCGGUCUAAGACAUCUUAAUACCAGCAGUGAUUCCACGAAAGGGCUAACUAGCAUGUCUAUUUCACUUGAGCGAUGCCCAAAACGAUGUUCCUCUCACGGAGAAUGUAAAUUUUCUUUUGAUGCUAGUGGAUUGACAUCGUACAGCUUCUGCUCUUGUGAUCGAAACCAUGGAGGCUUUGACUGUAGCAUUGAGAUUGUAACACAUCAAGGGCAUGUACGUCAAUCAAUUUUUCUCAUUGUAUCAAAUGCUGCAGCCAUACUUCCUGCCUAUUGGGCCCUUCGGAAGAAGGCAUUAGCAGAAUGGGUUUUAUACACAUCCAGUGGGAUUUCAAGUGGACUAUAUCAUGCGUGUGAUGUAGGUACCUGGUGUGCAUUGAACUAUAAUGUCUUACAGUUCAUGGACUUCUGGCUCUCUUUCAUGGCUGUGAUUAGCACUUUUAUUUAUCUAGCUACCAUUGAUGAAGUACUUAAGAGAGCAAUCCACACAGCUGUUGCUAUCCUUACUGCCCUAAUGGCUGCAACGAAAGCAACCAGGUCUUCCAAUGUUAUUCUUGUAAUUGUCAUUGGUGCUCUUGGUCUGUUUAUUGGAUGGUUGAUAGAAAUCUCAACAAAGUAUAGGUCCCUUUCCUUUUCAAUUGGAAUCUCAUUUAAUUUCUCUCAGUGUUUCCAAACUAUUAAGCGGUGGAUCUAUAAUCUUGCCAAGACACUUUUGAGACGGUACCACUGGGCUUUUGCCUUGGCUGGUUUUCUUGCAUUGGCCAUGGCAGCAAUAAGCUGGACUCUUGAAACCAGUGAAACGUACUGGUUUUGGCAUAGCAUUUGGCAUAUUACAAUAUACACAUCUUCUUUCUUCUUCCUUUGUUCAAAAGCAAAUAUUGAGGAUACAGAGAAUCAGCUUCCUACAAAUGGAAACUAUGAACUGACUCAUCAGGAUUCACUUCCAAGAACUGGUUAGAAUUAAGUAAAUGGAAUAGUGAGUAAUGGUUUAUGGACACUUUCAUAUAUAGUGUAUACACUCUCAAUCGACACCCUUCACUUCCAAGAACUGGUUAGAAUUAAGUAAAUGGAACAGUGAGUAAUGGUUUAUGGACACUUUCAUAUAUAGUGUAUACACUCUCAAUCGACACCCUUCACUUCCAAGAACUGGUUAGAAUUAAGUAAAUGGAAUAGUGAGUAAUGGUUUAUGGACACUUUCAUAUAUAGUGUAUACACUCUCAAUCGACACCCUUCAUUUACCCCUAUCUCUAUCUUCUUAUCACAUCAUAUCACUUACUACAUCUACACUUUUCUCUCUUCUAUCUCUUUUUCUGGGUGUAUGUUGGGUUUGAGUGUCCAUAAAUCAUUUUUGUUAAAAUUUUUGGUGUUUUGAGGUGAGUUGUGGAGGUGGCUCAAGAAUGUGUGGCUACUGCUAUUGAAUUUGGAGGCCAAAAACAAUGAUCAAGCAAAGCAGUCUCUUGUAAAUUCUUGUCAGCACAAGAUUUGUUUCUGCCAUUCUUUAUAGGAUAAUUUUGGCAUGAUUGUGUCUAGGAUAAAGAAUCAAACUACGGAUAAAUUUUUGUCAUAGGAUAAAGGAGCUUUGUUUAUGUUGUAAUUAUGAUUUAGAAGAUAACUUGCCUUUGAACUGUAUCAUAUUUAGAGAUCUUUCUGAUAAAAACUACUCAACAUGAUGGAUCUAAUUUACUCCAGCAGUUUCUUUAUAA